AUGGGGAAGAAAAGCAAGAAUGUUGACCGAUCUGUGAGUGAGAUCAUUCAAGCUCGACCGUCGUAUGCUGAUAUAUAUAGUGCUGACGAUCCUGUAAAGCCCGAACAUAAAGCCGAAGGCGAAGAAGGAAUCUGGUACCCCCCUCAGCUGGAAUGGAUGUCCGAAAUUCCGGAAGUGGAUGACUCCUUUCACAUGAGUAUCUCCGAAGGGGACGUGGAGGCAGAAUACAAUCGCAUUGUAGGAAUCAGUGAUGACGAUCUUGAUGACGAGAAAGACGAGAAGAAGAGCAAAAAAGAGGAGAAGAAGUCCAGCAAGAAGUCCGUGAAGGAAGAAUCAUCGUCCGAUUCAGGAUCGGAUAGCGACAGUGGAUCAGAUAGUGAUUCAGAUUCAGAUUCCAGCACAAAAGAUAAAGGCGGUGGGGCACUGUCGAGUGCACCACCUGCUGCUACCUACGCUGACUCGGAUGGGGAUAGUUACGAGACUGACUCAUACGAAACAGAUAACGGGAGUUAUGAAACAGAUACCAGUGAACAGCCGACGCCAGCCUCCAGCAGGAGUGAAAUCAAAACAAAGUCGUCCAAGAAGAAGAGCAAGAAGGACGAUUCCGAUUCGUCGGAUUCUGAUGAUAGUUCAGAUUCGGACUCGUCCGAGACGGGGUCCUCAGAUAGCUCAAGUGGAUCUGACGGGUCUUCUUCAGACUCGGACGAUUCUGACACCAAAGAGUCUGGUACAAAAGCGUCCAGUGCGAAAGCAUCGAAAUCUGAAUCAAAAGGCACUGGCUCAAAAGACUCGGAUGAUUCCUCUGAUGAUUCAUCAUCGGCGCCGAAAUCUUCCAAGGAUGGAUCAGACGACGAAUCGUCUUCGAAGCAUACAAAAAAACACUCCAGUAAAUCAAGCUCCAAGCGCAAAAGUGAAAUUAGCAAAUCUUCCGGAAGCUCUAGUAGCGACAGUAAGAAGAAAAGACUCAAGAGUUUCAACUUUGGUGUCGGUUCUUCCGACGACGAUUCUGACGAUUCGAGCAGUGAUUCUUCGUCUCCAAUAGCUGUGGGUGCCUUUGGAGACAGACAGCCAAAUGCUAAUCAGGCCGCUCCCCGAAUAUCGAGAGCAGACCAAAAUAGAGCUUUUAUGCAAGCCGCCGCGACAAGCCCCCCAUCACGACCAUCACGAAGGGUUUAUAAUCAAGAUGACCGCGUCGUUCCAGAAAAUGAAAAGAAGUCAUUCUUCCAGCGACUCGUUGGAUUUUUCAAGAAGGAGGAGCAACUGCAGCAACCAUUAUAUCCACGAGGACGGCGAAGCUCAGCUGCACCGGUAGGUUCACCAGCACCGGCUCCAGCACCAUCCCAACGUCAAUCGUGGUUUCGCAAAUCUGAGGCCGCUCCAGCCCCUGCCCCUGCUCCGCUUCAUCAACGCCAAUAUCAGCCGCCGCCUCGUGCACGGGCUCCGAUGCAUCCCCCUCCUCCACGGCCGCCUCCACCACCGGCACCACCGGUAGCUAGACCAGUUCCUCCAGGGCCAGCUCCGCUUGACUACGUCAAUCCUCAAUAUGACCCAUUGGAAAAUGCUGAUGGUGUAUCCCAAAUCUCUGAAACAGGAUAUGAAAGGAGACGACAACGAGAGAGGGAGUUUUCGCGUCCAACGAAUCAAUACGGUUAUGUCGACACAGUCCCACUCGAACGUAGAUAUGAUCGAGAACCAACCUAUUUGCCCUCUGUCGCUUCUUCCCACAUGAGUGUUCGAAACACCAAAGCAGCCUUGUCGGAUAUGGAUCCAAUUUCUGUUGGCUUUCCAAGACAUGGUCUGCCCGAGUAUCAACCGCAAAGGGAAGUUCGAAAUACCAGGUCUGCUCUAUCCUCAUUACCAGUGCUAUCGGUCCCCCACGAGGAAAGAAAAAAUGGUACCAAGCAUAAAGUUGCCUUGUGCGACCUUGAACCACUUUCUGUGGGGCUCGCGUAUUCACCGUCGCUGGAUGACGAUCUUUCCGACAAAUCUGGUCCACAUCGAUACGACCUCGAGGCUGGCAAUGCGCGUCGUGAAGUUAAUCUUGAUGAGAUGCUCAGAGUAGAAAGGGGGAAUGAAAUUAGAGCACAAAGGGAGAAAACUCAACAAGAGGAGGAUCUGAGAAGACGAUUGACAAGUGAAGCAGAUGCGAAUGAGGCGGCCCGGAGGAUGCGGGAAGCGGAACGUAUUCGAAGAAUGCGGGAAGAAGAGAGGGCACGAAGGAUUCAAGAAAACGAGAGGGCCAGACGGUUCCGCGAGGAAGAUCUCCGCAGAAGGACGUAUGAACAAGAGAAACGCGAGAGGGCUCCAGAAGAGACUGCCCGUGUCGACAAACCUACUUACUUCCGAAUUUCUCUUCUAUGCAUUUGUUGCAUCUGCCUUCUGUUGGGAGCAUGUCUUGGAGUUGGCAUCUGGGCUCUCCUUGAAUAUGUGGUUUUGAAAGACGAAAAUAUUCCAACAGUCGUUACCACACCCACAAAUGCGCCAGCAGCACAACCAACACCACCGCCGACACCGCCGACACCGCCGCCUACAAUUACCAAUACACUUGAGGAUAUUCUUAAGCCGGUUCUCCCUGAUGGCGGAACUUCCCUUGGGGUUCGAAACUCUCCACAGGCAAAGGCACUCGAUUGGUUGGAAAAGGAUUCAAACCUUCAGUCGUAUAGUGAUGACAGGAUUCGACAGCGAUUUGGCCUAGCAACCUUCUACUACAGCACAGAUGGGGACAAGUGGACAAAAAAGGAUCGAUGGCUAAGCGAAUUUGAUGAGUGCACUUGGUACACCGCAUUUGACGAUUCCCCUUGUAGUGGUCAAGACUUCUCGCACCUCGUACUGGGAAACAACAACGUACGAGGGACCCUUCCAGCCGAACUUGUUCUAUUGAAAAAUAGUCUGGAAAGCAUUUCGAUUGGAGGUACCAUCACAGGAUCCCUUCCGUCGCAAUAUGGUGACUUGAGGCUUUUGCGUACUUUGCAGAUUCAUGGUACGAGCAUUGAAGGCCGCAUUUCAACAAACUUGAAGAAUUUGGACUUCCUUGAGACGCUCGACCUUGGCAAGAAUCGUUUCUCAGGUAAUCUACCGCCAUCACUAUUUUCUUCCAUGACAAGACUUCAAGUAUUGGAUGUCAGUAACAACCGCUUAUCGGGAUCUCUACCAACAGAGGUUGGGAGCAUGACAAGCCUGAAGGAGCUAAGCCUGCGCGAGAACUUUCUUGUCGGGUCCAUACCUUUUGAGAUUGGCGACAUCACGAAUUUACAAUCUUUGAAUCUCGAUGGCAAUGGGUUUACUUCAAUGCCUCGAAAUCUUGGAUUUCUGAAAAUGCUCCGAGUACUUUCAAUCCGAGAUAAUGCUCUAAGUGGAACUAUUCCUGGUGAACUUGGUUUGCUUACCAAGUUGACAGCUCUUUAUCUCGAUCGAAAUAAGCUGCGCUGGACCAUUCCAGCUCAACUUGGCGCACUUACGGAACUCAAGGACGGCUUGGGACUCUCAGAUAACUCACUUGUGGGGCAAAUUCCAAGUGAAUUGGGUCGAUUGUACAGCCUGCAGAAUUUGUUGUUGGGGAACAAUAAGUUGCGAGGCACCAUACCUGUAACUCUUGGGAGUAUCAACCGAUUGCACACCCUGCGUCUUGAGGGAAACAAUCUCUCUGGAUCCAUGCCUUCUGCAGUGUGCGCAGCAUUCAGUCGAGAUUUCUCAACAUUUUACGCUGACUGCUCGGAAGUGGACUGUCCAUGUUGCAACUUUUGUUGUUCUGACACCACGUCUCAGUGCACUUGUCCAUUUGAGGAAACUGACCCAAUUCUGUGCAUACCAUAG